AUGGCCGGUCUCUUAACGCACUCAAGCACCUCGGCCACCCUCUACCCUUACACCCACCAGCGCUCUCAAAGUCUUGGUUUCACCGGCUGUACCGCGACUACCGCUCUCCUCGCACAUCGCCCCGCCCUCACAUCUUCCGACAAGCGCCUAAAAGACUGCGCCGACCCGACGGACUCUGCCCACAUCGCGCGACCACAAGGCCAAACUCCGAUCGUCGUAAUGUCCAACUUGAACGAAGAAUACGGUCCGGAAGACAUGGCCUGGGUCGCGGCCGAUGUUCAGAUGAGGGAAGAACAAGAUCUGAAUCGUGCCCUUGAAGCAAGUCGAGCUUCCGCGGGAACUGGGGUACCACCGCGUCCAACGAGCGCUAGGGUCACAAGACAAUCCGAGGCGGAGGACGAGGAGCUUCUUGUUGCGCUUGACAUUAGCCGGAUAGAAGCAGAAAAGGCGGCCCAGAGACGCAAUGCAGACGCGGAGGCGGACCAACAACGACUUCUCGAGGCUCAAAGGCAGUCGGAGCGUGAAGCACGAGCUGCCGAUCAAGAACGCGAGCAUACUUUUGUUGCGCUGUCCAUUAGCCAGGCAGAGGCAGAAGAGGCGGAGCGGAGACGCAAUGCAGACAUUGAGGCGGACCAACAACGCCUUCUUGAAGCUCAAAGACAGUCGGGGCGUGAAGCACUAGCUGCCGAUCAAGGGCGUGAGGCUACCCGGAAAGCUGAAUUACAGUCACUGAAGGAUGAGCGAGCUCGGGCUCAAGCUGCGCGACUAGAUCAAGAGACCUUAGAUCAGACUAUCGUCGAGAGCAAAGUGGCAGCCGAGAUUGAGCAGCAACAUGCACAACGGUCUACACGACUUCUGGAGACAUACGCUGUGCGCGGCUUGAGUGAAGACGAGCAGCUGCAGAUGGCUUUAAGACAAAGUCAAGAUGAAGAGCAUUCUCGGGAAGUUGCACAGGUCGGGCAAGAUCGAGAGGAUAUGCUGCGCUGGGUGAACGAGCACGGACGGACCUCUGCACCAUCGAACGAGCCAUCGGCUACCCAGUCUCCAGAAGACCGCCCAGUGUUGGGAGCCAUGGCGUCCUAUCCUCCGGGUCCGGUGACUGAGCAGGAACAAAGGAGUGUGGCCGAUGCUCGGGAGGUCAUUGACAAUCCGAACGUACUCUAUCGGCCUUUAACGCCGAUCUCAGAGGCAUCUGCAUCGCGGCCAGCAAGUCUUCGAUCAGUGGCAGCAGACCAAGCCCGUCGCUCUAACAUCGUCACCGCCAGAACCACGACGGAUCACAGCAGGAUAGAUAUCAGGCUUCCAUACCCACCUGGUGCACUUCUUACACCACCAGCCUCUGAUAGAAGCAGAUCGUCCAUUCGAUCAGUUUCAUCAGGCCGUCCGCCAUCGUAUCAUACGGUAGAAGAGAACCUUGCGCGCAGAUUGGAGUCGUUUGAAGUACCUCACGAUACUUCAAACGAGUCUCAGACUGACGAGGAACCUCCCCUAUAUCCUGGUGCUUAUCCUCCGUCUCCUUCCCAGGCUGAGUCGGCGGCUCCUCAUACAGUACUCGGUCCAAGGCCAAUUCUUGGGACGCCCUUACUACCAGGCGCGUACCCUCCUUCGUACGCGAGCAGUAGAGCACCUCGCAGCGAGGCAGGAGCAUUUUCUGAGACGCCUGUGCAAGAAAGUGUCGUGGCUCGACGCCCAUUGGGUAAUAGGGGAUUCAGCAAUGUGCCCUCAGUGCUAUCAAACCAGGACCGAAACGCGGGAAGCGGUUGUUCUCAUGGAGAUACUGUGUCUAUAAGGAGCGACUCGUUUCCUGGCGCAUAUCCGCCAUCGUCGCAAGCAAGUCGAGCCCCGAGUCGGCUGGAUACGGUUUCAUCCGGAGGGACGUUCUUUACAGCUCAGGAAACGCAGCGAUCUCAGCCCCAAGCAAGACCACAGUCUGCUCUCUCUGAUCUCUGGAAUCAUCGGGAUCGAGAUAGUCAUCAACACGAAGGGUCAGGACCUCGGCCAUUCACACCGGUUUCGGUGUCUUCACAGCCAAGCGAUGCGUCAUCUGCCAUUCGACCGCCAUCAUCUCGAACAUCUCAGGGUAGUAGUAUUGCGCGGAAGCCGGUUGCGAAAUCUCAGCAUGCUACCUCUGUUGCUGCUGAGCACCUAGCGCCAGUCACUGUCGCCGAUGCGGUCAGUCCGUCGGACGUGAUCUCGUCUGCCUUGCAGCAGGAGCCGGUGAGAAACAUCUUCAACGCUCCGGUCAGCGUGACCAUCAACAACUUUCCCGAAGCGCCCAAGUCCUCCCAGAAUCUGUUGAAGCAAGUCUUCAAUAAGAGCAGGCAGACUAACAAGGGCGUGAAAGCUGUCGAGCAGAAGGGGGCAGAGUUCUACGUCAAGGGUGUAGCUGAAGCGACAAGCAACCUUUGGAAGAACAAGAGAAAGAUAUUUCCUGCCAGAUCUUCCAAAUCAGCUGGAAAUGCUGUAAUCCACGAAGCGAGGGAAAUUGACCGAUUUCCUGUUGUUCCGGCUCAUGACGACGUGGGUACUAUCGCCAGUCCCUGGCCUGCGAGACAGUGUCUGCACGUCGUGAACGCAGAUCCAACGCGCUCCGUAUUGAGCACACCUGAAACCACAAGGCUGCUGCAAUCAGAAAUGGCCGGACAGCAGAGUGAAGAGGUCGACACUCCUCGACCAUCUACAUUGCAGCGGUCGUUAACGUCACCUCCGCUGACAGCGACGAUACCGUCGAGGCCAAUGUCGCUGGAUCAAUCGACCGUGUCACAGAUUUCGGACGUAAACGGCAAUGCAGUAACCCCGCCUAGUGUCUGUCAAUCGAGAGUGAGAAGCUCGAUGGAUAGUUUCCGGUGCGCUUCCGAGUUGCGCCCUCAGCCGCUGGACAUCCGCAAGCGGCCUCCUCCUGUUCCACCAAAGCCUUUGGAGCUGGCGAGUUCUAUUCCGCGUACAGCACCUCCUCCGCCUCCUCCUCUUGCGAGCCGCAACCCGAUGACGAGGCGUAUGCUCAGCGAACAAGAAGAAGGGCCUGGAUGGGUACAGCAACCAGUGCAUCUUGCCGCCAUCAAUCCAACCCAAGAGCCAACGAUGGGUUCGCCAGACUCCAUGACGGUGACACCCCCAACACCUCGGCGGAUCAACGUAGAUUUGAACCGGCGCAGUCACUUUGGGCCUAUUGAUACGAGCCUGGCGAAUGUGCCUCCUGGUGAACGUCGCAUCGACGAGUUUAGCUCACGAUCGAUGAUGGAUCUGGGCAUGAUGGGUCAAGUAGGCAAUCCUAUGAUAAUGGAGCCGCUGCGUGGGCAAUACGAGCAGACCUAUGCCCGCCCGCCGCACGUGCAGCAAGAAAGGCUGAACUCGGAUGCCAGGGCCAAAAAGAGGGAGAAGGACACCCAAAAGGCUUUACGAAAGCAGUUUUGA